GUGCCAGAAACUUCUGUUGGAGGCAUGAGUGUACAAGAGGCCAAGGUACAUACAGUAUAGUGUAGCACAGGAAAACUAAAAAGCUGGUGGCAAUGUUUGAUGAAUUACAUUUCUCUUCAAAUUGAUGGUCAUAUUACCUUGAAAACGUAUUUAAGGUUAUGAGGUAUGUAAUCAGUUGUUUCUGUUGCAGACCAGGAGGGCUGAGGUGAAGGUUGCUGUUGCAAUGGUGCAGCACAAUGUUCCCUUUGCCGUUGCUGACCAUUUCAGCCCCUUGUACAAAGAAUGUUUUAGAGACUCCCCUACAGCUCAGGGCUUUAAGAGCGCAAGCACAAAAACAACGUGUCUCAUAAAUGAAGCAGUGGCACCUCAUUUUAAGAAGGAACUGGUGAUGAAGAUGAGAGAGAAUCCCUUCACACUUGUCACAGAUGGCUCGAAUGAUACUGGUCUAGAGAAGAUGAAUCCUCUCACUGUCAGAAUUUUUGACACCAACAAAGUUGUGCACAGGUUCCUUGAUAUGUGCACCACCAGUGGGAGGAGCUGUGGCACCGCUGAAGUGAUCUACACAAACAUCAUUGACACCUUGCAGGAAAAUGACAUCCCUUGGAGAAAUUGUGUAGGUCUCUCUAUUGACAAUGCCCCUGUAAAUACAGCUGCCAGAAAUUCAAUCUCAGCCAGAAUGUUGAAGGAAAAUGGCAGUAUUUACAUCCAUGGAUGCCCCUGUCAUAUCAUCCACAACACUGCCAAACAGAAGUUUAUGGAAAUAUCCGGAUUUGAUCCAGAGGAUCUGACCGAGGAUGUUGGGUACUGGUUUAAAGGAAGCACCAACCGUAAAGGUUACCUGGCAGAUGAGAAACAACCAAGAUUUAGAAGGCUGGUGGAUGCAUUUUCCAACCCCCUGACUGAAGUCUACCUACUCUUCUAUCAAGCGACGCUGCCAGUGUUCACCCUACUGAACCUCCUCCUCCAGAGAAAGGUCUUCCAUCUUUCAGCUCCACGGAGAGAUGACAAAGUUCAUCAAGAAACUGUGUGCGAGGUUCAUGAAGCCGUCAGCACUACAGGGCCGACAAGUCCAUGACAUCCUCUACAAGGACCCACUAAACCAACUGCCAGGAGAAAAUCUAAAUGUUGGCUUCACCACCAGAGCUACCCUCAAUAGGCUCCUUGAGGCUGGAGACAUCACACCUCAGGAAGUGCAGCUAUUCCAACAGGCAGCACUGGCAUUUCUGGUCAGGGCUGUGGAGUAUGGCAUCAAUAAACUCCCUCUGAAGGAGGCUCUUCUGAGGCAUACAAGAUUUGUGGAUGUGCAGCAGAGGACUGAGUGUGGGGUGGAAGAUGCCCUAUACUUUAUAGACAGAUUUCAGGAAC